CCCAAUACCUUUCAACCUCCCUCUUGAACUUCCAACCUUUUUCUGUCCUAGUCUCGCUCUCCACCUAUUUCCAUGCUAAACUCUGGUCUCUUUGAGUACAUUUGCCCUUUUCCUCUGACCCUUCAGCAGCCACUUACACGAGACUUGGCCUCACCUCUCCCCGUCUGACCCUUGAUUUGAAAUCAUCAUAAUCAAACUUCUUCUUAUAUAAGCCCAUGAACAACCUUCACUCGUUCAAAUUUUGUAUCUAUAAUCCUAUUCCAAAUGAGCAUCCCUCACUUGUUCAGGUGCCCAAUUAGUCUAGACCUGUUCACUGAUCCGGUGACCUUGAGCACCGGCCAGACCUACGACAGGCCGAGCAUCGAGAAAUGGCUCGCUGCUGGAAAUGAUACGUGUCCGGUCACAAUGCAGAGACUAACCGACACGGGUUUGGUCCCCAACCGGACCCUCCGGCACCUCAUCGAUCGCUGGCUGCUCUCUGGCUCGGACCCGUAUGAGUUUAGACCCGAACCCAACAUUCUGGCUCAGGCCACAGGUACAGGCACUGCACUCUCCUUAACCAGCUUGAAACAUAGUCUACAGUCCCAUGUUACAGAUAUUGAUACAAAGUUUCAGAUACUGAAGAAGGUAAGAAUUCUCGCUGUCGAAUCCGAUAUCGGCAAUGCCUGCUUGAUUCAGUUGGGUUUCUUCCCUCUCUUGCUUCAGUUGGUAUUUCAGAGUUCAAGCUCAGAGUUUUCUGAAGUAGGCUUAGAUUGUGUUACAAGCUUAUUGCAUUCAGCACAAUUGGAUUCUCUCAAUAUGCUCAAGAAAGAGGCCAACUUAACCUCACUCUUGCUACUAUUAGACCAAGGAAAUGUGAAGAUCAAAACAAGUUUAUGUUACCUAAUAGAAACAAUCACAACAUCAGACGCAACACGAGAACUCUGUCAAGUUCUCGGGAAAUCCCCGAGAGUCCUGCAAAUUGUUCUCUCUCUCGUUCACCGUUGCUCGGAACCAGCGGUUCGAGCUUUAUCAGGCAUUUGCUCAGUAGAAGCAAACAUAUUCAAUGCAAUACAAGGAGGAGCAAUUGAUGGGCUUAUCUCGUACUUGAUGAACUCAUCCACAAAGAACAGUUCAAUUGCACUGGCCACAUUGGAGACUCUAGCGAACACUGAGCCUGGCAAAAGGGCAUUGAUCAAGAGCUGCAAUGGAGUUAGAGUUCUGGUGAAGUCAGUGUUCAGGGUUUCGUCGGAGAGCGGAGGGAGCGAGCACGCGAUCGGCGCGCUGAUGGUGGUUUGUAGAGAGUCGGCGAAGGCGAGGGCCGAGGCGGUGGAAGCCGGAGUUAUGAGUCAGGUUUUGCUGUUGCUGCAGAGCCAGUGUGGGUGUAAAGGUAAGGCAAAGGCGAGGGGAUUGCUCAAGUUGUUUAGGUCAAUGUGGGGUAGAGAUCCAAGUACGGGUGCUAGAUUUUACCCUGUUUUUUAGUUCGUUAAUGGAUUGGUUGGUUACUUGUUUGUUUGUGUUUUGAUGAUUUGAGUGUUGGAGAUGGGGAUAGUUUUUGAUGAGUUCAUUUAACUCAUGAUCUUGUAUAUUAGAAUUAGUUGCAGAUACUGCUUUGAAGGGAUAGCCAUUUACAAAUAAAUCUUUUCAUUAUCAUCUA